AUGUAAGGUCAAGGCCGUGAAUUAAAGCCUUAAGGCAUUGAUGUGUCCCCGUCUCAAAAGGAUCGUGACUUAGCUAUUGACAAAGAUGGAAAUAAAUAUCAAGCUGAUGAUUAAACCAGUGCUUUAUUAAAAGCUAUUAAUGACAAGAUAAAAGAAAAGAAUGCCAAGAAGAAUCCUCCAAUGGUCCCAUACAAAAAAAUUCUUCUUACAUUUGCAGAUAGAACUGAUAGGCUUUUCUUAACUAUAGGGUUUAGUUCUGCAAUACUCUGUGGACUAGGACUUCCAUCCUUUGUGUUUCUUUUCGGUGAUAUUGCAGAUAGCUUCUAAGGGUUCAUGCCCGUCAAUGAGAUUCUAGAUAGAAUUACAAACGUAGCAAUGAUUUUGACUUUGAUCGGUCUUGGUGUUUGGGUAUUUAGUUACUUAUUCUUCUCAUUCCUCAUUAUUGCUUCAGAAAGAAUUGGAUAAAAGACCAGAUGCAUGUACUUGCAAGCUAUCUUAAGACAAGAAAUUUCCUGGUUUGAUGAGAUCAACACGUCACAACUCUCUUCUAGACUUGGCAAGGAAUGCUAAGCUAUUUAGAGAGCAAUUGGAGAAAAAAUAGGAACAAUUGUCAUGGCCUUUGCAAUGUCUUGUUCAGGUUUAUUCUUUGCAUUUUUCAAAGGUGCUUAUUUCAGUGCCUUUCUUAUGUGCUACUUUCCAUUAAUGUUCUUUAUGAGCAUGGUCAUCACCAUAGCUUUUUCAAAAGGCUUCUCAGAGAAUAUGAAAGCUUAUGGUUAGAGUGCCGGAUAUGCAGAGCAGGCUUUGAAUGCAAUAAAAGUUGUAUUUGCUUUUGGCUAAGAAGAGACAGAGAUUAAAAAUUAUGAGAAAUACUUGAUGAAAGCAAGGAAAACUGGUAUCAAGACUCAUUUUACUGGUGCUUUAGCUAUAGGAGGAUUCUUUUUAUCAUUAUAUGGAUACUACUCUUAUUCAUUCUAUAUUGGAAGCUUUAUGGUAACAGAGUCUAUUGAAAAUAUAAACAGUAAAAAGAUUUACACAUCAGGUGAUGUAAUGGCAUGCUUCCUUGGUUUAGUCUAUGGAAUAUUUUCUCUAGGUCUAGCUGCCCCAAAUUUUAAAGCUUUGACUGAGGGUAGAGUAGCAGGAAAAAUGGCUUAUGAAAUAAUUGAAAGAGUUCCCAAAAUUAAUCUAGAUGACCCACAAGCUGAGUAAUGUGAAAAUUUAACUGGCUAGAUUGAGUUUAAGAAUGUUACAUUCUCAUAUCCAACUAGACCAGAAUAGAAAAUACUAGACGAUUUCAGUGCUGUUUUUGAAGAGGGAAAGACAACAGCCCUAGUAGGAGCGUCAGGCUCAGGAAAAAGUACUAUAGUUUAAUUGAUUGAGAGAUUUUAUGAUCCAGAUCAUGGAAGUGUUUAUGUGGAUGGAAAAAAUCUAAAUAAGAUCAAUUUGAGGAAAUUUAGAGAAAAGAUUGGAUAUGUUGGUUAAGAGCCUGUAUUGUUCAAUAUGUCAAUAAAAGAGAACAUUCUCUACGGAAAUCCGAAUGCCUCUAAUGAAGAAGUCAUCUAAGCAUUGAAAUCAGCAAAUGCAUGGGACUUUAUUUAGGAAAAAAUGAUUCAAAAUGGAAUAGACACUAAUGUUGGUAACUCAGGAGGUUAAUUAUCAGGAGGCUAAAAGCAAAGGUUAGCUAUUGCUAGAGCGUUUAUCAAGAAACCCAAGAUCCUAUUGCUUGAUGAAGCCACUAGUGCUCUUGACAAAAAGAAUGAGAAAGAAGUAUAGGCUGCUAUUGAUAAGAUCAGACAAGAAUUAGGCUCAGUUACUACGAUUGUUGUAGCUCAUAGACUUUCAACAAUCAAGGAGGCGGAUAAAAUUAUAGUGAUGUAGAAAGGUAAAAUAAAGGAGGUAGGAACACACAGAUCUUUAAUAAGUGAAUAUCCAGAAGGAAUAUACUCAAAAUUUGUGAAAGAGCAAGAGUAAGCUGAGCAACACGUUGACAUGAAUGAUAAUUCUUAGGAAAUUCAGGAAGAAUAAGAAUAAUAGAAGAUCAUUUCUUAAGUUAAUUAUUCUGACAACAGUGCAACAGUUGUGAUAAAGAAAAAGACUUAAAAAGAACUUGACCUUGAAAAACUUGAAUUAGAUAUGAAAGUAAAAGUUGAUUAGCAAGAUCAAUUAAGAGAUGAUAAAGAAGCUCAAUUCAUGAAAAGCUAAGGUAAAAAGUCUUAAUUCUCAAGAUUACUUGUUUACAACAGACCUAGAAUAAAUAUCUUUAUUGGUAUAUUUGUCUCUAUAGCUUAAGGUGGUCUCAUGCCUAUAUUUGGAGGAGUAAUGGCAAAAAUGCUGUUUGUAUUAAUGGAAGUCUAAGAUCUUGGAUAAAUGAGAAAGGAAUCCAAUUAUUGGUGCGCAAUUAUGCUAAUUAUGGCAUGUGGUGCUUUUCUUACAGGUUUCAGUUAGAAAUUUUCCUUUGGAAUAAUUGGUGAGAAUGUUACAGCCAAUAUAAGAAAAGGUCUCUAUAGAAAAAUAAUAGAAAAACACUAAGGUUGGUUUGAUGAAAGAGAUAACGCUCCAGGAGUACUAACUUCAACUCUAGCUAGUGAUGCUUAAAUUAUAAACGGAGUUUCAACUGAGGGGCUAGGGUCUAUUCUCGAAGCUAUUUGUGCUGUUCUUGCUGGAAUAGGCAUCGGCUUUUAUUUCUCUUGGAGAAUGUCGCUAGUCUGCAUUGGCUGCACACCUUUCAUAGUGAUUAGUGGAUAUAUGGGAGCUAAAUUCUAAUAAGGAUUGAGUGUAGAAUCAGCAGAUUCACAUAAAUUUGCAAAUUUACUAGCAGGGGAUGCCAUUAUGAAUUAUAGAACAGUUGCAAGUUUUGCUCAUGAGCAGUAAAUCGUCAAAGAUUUUGAAACCCUUCUAAAUGAACCAAGGAAGAAGGCUGUAAAGCAGGCAAAUUUCAUUGGUGGCUCUUAUGGAUUUUCGUAAUUUGUUUUAUAUGGUGUAAUAGCGACUUUGUUCUACGCUGGUGCAUAAUUUCUAAAUGCCUAUAACGAAAAUCCACUUCACAUGUUUAUCACAAUAUUCGCUAUGAUGUUUGGUGCUCUUGAAAGUGGCUAAGCUUAAUAAUUUGGUCCAGAUAUGGGUAAAGCUAAAUAAGCAGCAACUAAAAUUCUCAAAAUAAUGGACUAAGACACUUAAAUCACUUCUUUAAGACCAAAAGAUGAAGAAAUUGUGAUUAAUUCUGAAAAAUUCAUUGGAGAAAUAGAAUUUAAAAACGUCUGGUUUAGAUAUCCUUCUAGAAAGAAUGAUUGGGUGCUAAAAGGACUCAAUCUAAAAAUCAGACCUAAUGAAACUGUGGCUCUAGUAGGAGAAUCAGGAUGUGGAAAAAGUACAACAGUAUCUCUUCUUUUGAGAUUCUAUGAUCCAGAUCUUGGAUCAAUUACUAUUGAUGGAAUUGACAUUAAGCAAUACAAUUUGAGAUCUCUAAGACAAACAAUGGGACUUGUAAUGCAAGAGCCUACUUUAUUCAAUUACAGCAUACAAGAAAAUAUUCUUUAUGGUAACUUAAGUGCCAAAAACUCAGAAAUAAGAGAAGCUGCUUAGGUAGCAAAUGCUUUAGAAUUUAUAGAGAGUUAGCAGAUUCUAUAAUUUGAUGAAAGCUGUGAGGGUUUAUUCAAGGAAUUUAAGAACAGAUUUGAAACAAUAGUCAAAGUUAUUGGCGAGAAAGAAUAUGCCAGCAUGAUGGUCGAUCUAUAAUCCCUAGUUAAAGACGAAAUUAAGAAAGGCUAAUUUAAGGCAGUUGAAGGAGACAUAGACACCAGACAAUAAUAAGAGCUUUUUGAUAUUCAGCUGAGCUAGGGUUUUAAGAUUGAUUGUGGUCUCAGAGGUAGUAAGUUAUCUGGAGGAUAAAAGCAAAGAAUAGCAAUCGCUAGAGCUAUUAUUAGAAAACCAAGAAUUCUAAUUCUUGACGAAGCCACUUCAGCUCUUGAUGAGGAGUCCCAAAAGAAGGUUUAAAUUGCCCUUGAUAAUAUUAUGAUCGAGAGGACUUCUAUUGUUAUAGCCCAUAGACUAAGUACAGUAGAAAAAUGCGACAGAGUAGUGGUGCUUGAGAGUGGAAAUUUAGUAGAGGAAGGUAAGUUCCAAGAACUCAAAAACAAAGAAGGUGGUUACUUCGCAUAAUUAGCUUCUGGAAUGCAAAAGAAUACCGGUGCAUAGACUUAGAACAAAGAAGAGUGA